AUGCAGAUUUAACCUUUUGCUUUAUUGGUUUCUUAAUUUUUCUUUUUGCCUGAUUAUCGUAGAAACAUUUUGUUUGCUCUAAAACCGGCCAGAUGGAGCGACGUCUUUAGAUCUCCUGCUGGUCGGAGACGAUCUGAGGCGUUUUUGACCCGACUGGAUCUGUGAGACGAGGAAGACAUGAAGCAGAUAAAACUGCCAGGAGGAAAAGUUUUCAGAGAACCUCUGCUGCGGCUCAUCUAGCGUGACCUCUGACCUCUGCGUGCUGUCGUCACAUCUCUACUAAAGGAGGCAAAUCGGGCGAGCCGGUCUGCUCUCCUGGUCACAGCGGCUCUCAGACAACAUCGCCCGUCGCCCUGCCGCCACUGCGCAACAACAACCACAACCCCUUGACGGGAGGUUCUAAGCCCGCCAUGUCGGACAACAUCCAGGUCUCGUCUCAGUCGCAGGUCCACAUCACCCAGCUGUUUGAGGAGAACUCCAACAGGCGUUCAGUCCUCAGCACGCAGCCCAACGGCCUCACCCCGCUCAGCUCCAGCCGAACGGCUCUGCAGCUCCCGGACCGGCAGAGUUCAGCCACCGACUCCACCCAUCAUGGCCGCCAGACCAUCGCCAUCACCAACAAGCAGGGAGACGCCAAGCCAAAGCCCUGCCCCAUGUCGCCCGACCUGGCCAUGAAGCAGUACAUGUCCAAGCUGUCGUCCUUCGAACACCACGAGGUGUUCAACUACCCCGAAGUGUAUUUCAUAGGCCAGAACGCAAAGAAACGCAACGGCGUUCUGGGUGCAGCCAACAACGGCGGCUAUGACGACGAACAGGGGUCCUACAUCCAGGUGCCACAUGACCAAAUCGCUUACCGCUACGAGGUUCUGAAGGUGAUCGGAAAGGGCAGCUUCGGACAGGUGGUGAAGGCCUUCGACCAUAAAACCCAGGCCCACGUGGCUCUGAAGAUGGUCCGCAACGAGAAGCGCUUCCACCGGCAGGCCGCGGAGGAGAUCCGCAUCCUGGAGCACCUGAGGAAGCAGGACAAGGACUCGAGCAUGAACGUCAUCCACAUGCUGGAGCACUUCACCUUCCGCAACCACAUCUGCAUGACCUUCGAGCUGCUCAGCAUGAACCUCUACGAGCUCAUCAAGAAGAACAAGUUCCAGGGCUUCAGCCUCCCGCUGGUCAGGAAGUUCGCCCACUCCAUCCUCCAGUGUUUAGAAGCGCUACACAAGAACCGCAUCAUCCACUGCGACCUCAAACCAGAGAACAUUCUGCUCAAGCAGCAGGGCCGCAGCGGCAUCAAGGUCAUAGACUUCGGCUCCAGCUGCUAUGAACAUCAGAGGGUUUACACCUACAUCCAGUCCAGGUUCUACAGAGCUCCAGAGGUGAUUCUAGGCUCCAGGUAUGGGAUGCCCAUCGACAUUUGGUCCCUGGGCUGCAUCCUGGCUGAACUGCUGACCGGUUACCCACUGUUACCAGGCGAAGACGAAUCCGACCAGCUGGCCUGCAUCAUUGAACUAAUAGGCAUGCCCAGUCCAAAGGUCCUAGAAGCCUCCAAGCGAGCAAAGAACUUCGUGUCGUCCAAAGGCUACCCGCGGUACUGCACCGUCACCACCAUGCCCGAUGGCUCCGUGGUCCUGAACGGAGGACGCUCCCGACGGGGUAAAACACGCGGUGCCCCGGGCAGCAAGGACUGGAGCACCGCGUUGAAGGGUUGCGAUGAUCCGCUCUUCCUGGACUUCCUCAAACAGUGUCUUGAAUGGGACCCAGCACUUAGGAUGACGCCGAGCCAGGCGCUGCGCCACCCCUGGCUCAGGAGGCGGCUUCCCAAACCUCCGUCCGGAACCACAGCAGAGAAAGUCACCCCAACCAAACGCACCGUCAACAACAGCGACAGUUCCAUCACCUGUGUCUCCAAACUUGCCUCCACCUCCGCAACCACCACCACUUCCAAAUCAAGAACUAAUUUGGCGGCCAUUACAGACGCCAACGGAAACAUCCAGCCGAGGACUGUGCUGCCCAAACUAGUUAGCUGAGACUCAAUACACCCCAUCCCCUGUGGUGGGGAAUAAAGGCUGAGUUCAAAAGAAACCAGCUGGACCUGAAUAAAACUGGUCUAUCCAGUUGUGAAGCGCAUUUGGUUAUUUAUUGCGUUGCUGCGGUGCAUUUAAGUGAAAUGAAGUCCUGACGUUGGAUUAUUAAAGAAGCUAACCAAGCUGGGAUGCAGCCUAAACUAAGGAACCCUGGGUGCAUUCGGAAACCUCAAAUUCAAAUCAUCUGGAGCGGAUGAGAUGUUUUGAAGUUUGGGCAAAAGGACGGUAAAGUGACAACACGUUGUGGGGCGGUUCAGACAAUCGGAACACAUCACACUGCUCUGUAGCUCCAAACUCACAAAAACACAUCAGAAACAUGGUGCUGAUGGAGGGAACAAGGCUUUUUAAAAUAUUUUAUAACAAUCUUUUUAGCUGAGUCAUGAAAUCAGUUUAACACCAAAAAUGUUGAGUGACAUCAGUCUUACAAGUUUUUAUCUACAGUUUUAGGGUUUCAUCUUCAGUUUUAUGUCAUCAACUGAUUGUAGCGUGUGUCUCUGAACCCUAAAGCCGCGUCUGGGUUUUGGUUCAUUUCAUUUUUGGGGUUCUGUUGGGCAAUGAUCCAAAUCACAGCAUCAGAACUCUCUAAACCCUGGUUUUAAACAGCUACCUGAGAGCUGGCUAACAGAAUUAGUUAGACAGUUUUAUGUUAUAUCAACUAGCUAGCCAUGUUAGCAUGCUAGCGUAGUGCCUGUUAGCUGGCUAACUGCUAACUAGCACGAACUGAGUUGGUAAACAGCAAUAUAUUCAUGUUUAGCUGCAAUAUUGCUAACUAUUUUCGACGUAACUGGCUAGCAGUUAGCCUAGCACACACAAAAGAGAUAGCUGUCAUUAGCUGACUCAGUGUUUGCCUUGUAUAUCCGUCAUUUGGCUAGCAUUAGCCGUUAUAGCCAUAGCAUGUCAGCUCUCCACUGCCCGGCCUUAUCAUUCUCAGACAGAAUAAUAAAAUAUUUCUACUUUCUAUGAUUUUAAGUUUGUUUUUCAGGUUGUAAAGCAGGCGAGACAGUUGAGGACAGAGAAACAGUGGUUCUGUUUAUGAGAACAGGCUUGAUCCCAAAAGUGAAUUUCUGGGGCUUGACCAGGCUGAUGAAGGAGUCGUAACCUCAGAAGGUAAAUUCAGUGUGAUUUACAGACGAGUUCAAAUCGAGGCCUCUAAUGGUUUUAAAAAAAAAAAAAGAAGGGUAAAAUAGACAUGUUUUACAACAAAUCUAUAAAAUAACUCAAAAUUUUAAUAUCUGUUUUACUGUGAAUGCUGAAAAACAUUGGGAAAAUAUAAAUAUUGUCUGCAGUAGUUAAGUUUAUGUGGAUAUUAAAUAGGGACCUAUUGUAAUUUGAUCAGACAAAAACAACCCAAGUAAAUUCAGAAUUCAGUUCUUUAUUAUUAAACAUAAAACAAAUAGAAACUGUAAAACACACUAGUCAAACAAAAUGGCGGCACUGGUUAAAAAAACAAAAAAAAAGAAAUUCAGAUUAUCCAAAAAUUAAAUCUUUAAAUUGAUUCAUCGCCAGCCCAGUUCUGGUUUCAUAAUUAUUUUCUGGUGUUUUGUUUUACAUUUAAACACACAAUAUUAAUAACUCAAGGUUCUCUCUGGUUUUUGGACCGUUAGCUUGUUUCUGGCAUCGCCUGAAUUUUUAUCAGCUUAUGAAGGAACCAAUGUUCCAGAUCUCACUGCGAUCCGUCGAUGGUUUGGUUUCUGAUGAUGUAGGUGAACAAUAGAGCAAUGAUCAAACUUUAAUCCUGAUCUUUUUAAAUCAGUGUUGCUAACCAUCAGGGAGGGGGCGACGACAAGUAAAGCAUGUUAGAUUUAAUUUAUUUGUCACAUUUUAAUAUUUAAAAGUCUAAUCUAUGUAUGUACAGUGAUGUGCAGUUAUUACUGUAUACUUGAAUGUGUGUGUGUGUUUGUUGCAGGACGCGUGUGUGCAAUAUUAAAAAGUUCUCUUAAAACUUGUUCCCUUACAAACACACAUGAUAUUGAUACAUAAACAAAAUCUGAACGCAGUCUGAAAAUAAAGUCACAUGAGGAGGUGGAGGAUGAAGAUGAGGAGGAGGAGGAAAAGGUUCCCGGGAUUGGCUAAUCGGUGUCCGUUGAUGUAAUGUAGCACACAGGAAGUGAAAGACAAUGACAUGAUGCACAGGAGGAACCGCAGAUGCUACAAGCUCCGCCCAUCUCAGGGGAAGCUCCGCCCCCUCCUGGUGCAGGAGGAGGGAAAAGUAGAAAAUGUGGAGUUGAUUCUGUUUUGUUUUGAUAAAUUGAGUUGAUUGUAUGUUUAGUUUAGUUUUUUUAACGUUUUUUUGUGAGACGGAGUGCUGAGAGUCGUAACUUUGUGCCUUCAGUAUCUCGACGCCAUGCCACGCCCUCCCAACACACACAAACAUGAUGUCAUUAUUCAUUUAUUAUUCAGCCUGAAGUGGCUAACACAAAAGUACCAACAAUAUCUCAUUUUCCAUUCUCCAUGAUGUGUAGCGUGUAUUUUCAAGUAAACAUUACAUGAUAGUCAUAUGCCUAAAAAAAAUGGAAAUUUUAAUUAAAAAUAAACUGCAGUCUAAUUUUUAAUUUUUGUCUUAAUUUGGAAAAAACAAUCUAAUAUAAAUGUUGGAUUCCUCAAGUUUAAUGUAUUUGUUACUGUUUAGCUUCAAAAAUACUUCUGGAUUACACAUUUGGUGCCAUUAGUUGCCUUUUGUUUGCCUCUGAAGAAUUUGGGAAUGACAUCUUUUAUAAAACAUUUCUAGUUCCUCUAUUCACCUAUUGAAAAGUAUUUGUACAAAGUUUGACUUUACCUAGUGAUGUCUCAAAUGGAACAAUAAAAAACAUUUUAAAAAUGAAAGGAUUACCACUUAUUUGCAGAGAAAAAAUCAAAAUGCAGCAGCAACAAGAAACAUGGGGGGGGAAUUAAAGAUGAAUUAUAUGUGUUUCAGCCAUGUUGGAUUCUAAGAAUGGGGUUGGUGAAAAGUCUCAAAACUAAAAACUGUUGUGUACUUUGAACUUGGAUGCCAAAUUUUGAGCUGUAAGAAUUUUGAUGUUCCUGAAGUCCAAAGACAAAGUGGAACCGUUACCAGUUUAAGCUAAAGACGUAGUGCAAGUUUUUAUAUGUGUAGUUUUUGUAGUGCUUUAAACAGAGAUUCCAGUUGGGUACUAGUUGAGAACAGGUGAAAAAAACUUUAAAAUCCUGUUUCAAAUCUUUGCAUCCAAACCUGGAUGCUGUUAGUCGGCAGCAGGGAGCUGAUUGCCUUCAUGUUUGUUUAUUUCUUCUUCUUCUUCAAAUACAGUCACCGACGACUGUUUUCCCUUGAAAUUCAAAAUUCUACUAAAAAAUACUUUAUUGAUCCCAAAGGGAAAUUAAACACAUUUCCCAAUAAAUGAAGAGUUUGAUGCAUUCAGCUGGUCUGUGAUCACUCAGCUCAAUAUCUGUCCCCAAACUUAGGGUCACAACAAAGUUAGAUUUGUCCAUUACUUGCAUUUUUAAAUUAAACAGGAAAUUAUAACAGUCAAAGUAACUCAGUUGGGGUGUCUCCUUUUAGUUGUUUCUACUAGUAUUGUGACAUUAAAAACAGAGGAAUGAUUAUUUGUAGUUAUAAACCUAUUCAGGGCAAAUCCAAUUUUCAAGCUUACCUGUGACCAGCUUCCGGUAUGCUAUGGCUGCCGUUUCCGUUGAACGUCCUCAACUCGCAUCUGACGUCAUUCCCAAACGCGAGCUCCAACUUCCGAGACAAAAACGAACGAACAUAAAUUAUAAAUUUAGACUUCUGACUGAAAUUAAAACACCGUUAGCGCUAGCCAAGAAAACAGUUGUCAUAAUGCCAUUACUGACGCUCAUAUUGCUAUCUUGCUGAACCUAUGGGCCUCUGCAAUGUUUACAGAUCCAGCAGAAGAGACCAACAGCCCAACCACAGAUCGUAGCUUUAAACUGCUCUGCACUGAUGUUAGCAUUUCGUGUUUGUGUGUGUUGGAACAGAAAGGGAGAAGUUUUAGUCAUGGCAGCACAAUGUACAGACACAUAUCAGCCAACUGUCGUUUGCCAACGACAGGGCGAAGCUAACACUAGCCGUUUGCUGCACUGACGUUGGUUUUACUUACUGAAGCUACCACUAGCCUACUGCUAACUGAAUGCUAGUAGCAAAUAGCAAAGGGUUUUCUUGCUCUCUGCAGCUACGUUGAGCUCUUCAACGAAGUUCUCAACCAAGUUGUUAGUAUUAAUGUGGUUGUUUUUGAUGUUUGUACCUCAGAUUGCAUUACUGUUGUCAUUUAUAUGACUAACAUGCAGGGCAUUUGGUUUAAUCUACCAAAGUGCAUUCCUUUACAAAAGUAGCUAAAUGCUAGCUACUCCAGCAGUCACAUAUAGGCGGUCGGAAAGUAAAAACAAGCAAAAAUACAAUAAAGAGACAAUUUUUCCUAUAAAAAAAAUGUUUUAACUUACCUCUUGGUAGCACUCUGAUAAAAAAUGUGUUGUUCAUGUGAAAGCGGCUUUAGCCUGUUAGCCAAUUAACUCAUUAGCCAUUUGGCUUCUUUCGAGAAGUUUUCGCAGCCAGACAUUAGUGAAAGGUUUCUAUAUCGUUUGCCAGCUGGGUUUUAUUGUUGAUUUUUUUUAAGUUGUAAAUAUUGUGCAAAAGUGUUUGAAUAAAACAUUUGGGGACGGGGCUGGGGGUAUUCAAUGGGCUGUGGUGCCACCGCACGGCCAGUUUUAUUUUGUACUGUAUCUGCUGUACAGAACACAGAAAUUGACACUUUUCUAGUGAGCCUUUGUUAAAUUUUAUUGUGGUGGAAAAAAAUUAUUAAUAAAAACACUUUUAUUGUCA